AUGCAGUGUAUAUACAAGAGAAGAGGCAUACCCGAGAAUGUGUCAGAAGGCCUCCUAAGGAGAACAGGAGGCGCAUACACACUCUUUUCCACGACAGGCAUGGCAGUGGACAGGCUAAUGCAGAAGUCGCCUGAUGUAUUUGAAGGCUCGAUGUAUCUCGCAUCAACAGAUAGAGAAAAAGGAAUAAAAGACGUAAUCAAGGAAGGCGUGAAGGCAAACCAGAUAGCAAUCCUUCCUAUCAGCAAAAGAACUCAAGUGCCUCCUCCUCCUGCAGGGUCUCUUAUAUUCACAAAGCGAGCCUACAUAGAGCCCUCAUAUCUCCGGUUCUUCAAAGACUACCAGAUAGAAGGAGUGCGCUUCAUGUUUGAAAGACUGCGCUCUGCGAAUGGCGCACUGCUAGCAGAUGAAAUGGGCCUUGGGAAGACGUUCCAGGCAGUGGCAGUGAUGCGCAUAUUCUGCCAGGCUGGAGGGCUUGUUCUUGUGGUGUCGCCCUGCUCCCUCGUGGGAGUCUGGGAGAAAGAGAUAAAAAAGUGGGCAGAAAAGCUAAGAGUAUUUAACGGGGCGCUUAAGCACCCAAAUAAGUACAAACGCCUAGAGAAUGUACUGCUCAUAAGCUACGAAAAGCUCGCAUCAGUUGACAUGGCCCAGCACAACUUCCAGCUUGUCAUAUGCGAUGAAGCGCACAGACUGCGCACGAGCACAUCACAAGCACUGCAGGCCCUGAAGAAAAUGGCCAGCAAAAAGCUACUUCUCACAGGAACGCCCUUCCAGAACACUGUGCAGGAGUACAAGACCCUUCUGGCUCUCAUAGACGAACGAGCAGCACGCGCAAAGGGAAUAAAGGAGCUCUCAGGAAUAGCCAGUGAUGCCGUGCUCAGGAGGAAGAUAGAAAGAACGAGUCUAUGCUUACCGCAGAAAGACGAAAUGAUUUGGAUCAUAGAAAACAAAGAGUACGAAGAGUACUGCUCUGUCUACUGGAGUGCACAGAAUAAAGUGGGCAUAGAGGACAUACAGAGGCUGAGAAUGCACGCAGGCACAUCAGCCAGCAAAUGGGACGUAUUUCUCAAGCUAUCAAAGGAAAUACUCAUGGAAAGAGAAUCUUUGGUCAUUGUGUCGAGAUACAUCGAGGUAAUACGAAAGGCAACAGAGGCAAUUAAGAGCAUGGCUAACAAUAGAGAAGUGCCCAUUACAGCCAGAGACGUAACAGAUUUCCACGGUGAAAUGAACAUAGUAAAACGCGAAGAGGCGCUUUCUCUCUUCCAAAGCAAAGGCCAGAAGGUGAUCAUACUAUCUGCCAAGUGCGGAGCAGAAGGACUCACACUUGUGAAGUCUACGCGAAUGAUAAUAAUAGACUCAGACUGGAACCCUGCAAAUGACCUGCAGGCCAUGGCGCGAGUGUGGAGGCUGGGACAGACAAAGCCUGUUGUCAUACACAGACUCUUUCUCAUGGGAACAAUUGAAGAAUACAUCCUCCUUGUGCAGAUGAAGAAGAUCGAAAUACAGAAACAGCUUGAGGGCCUCCUUCCGCCCGAAGAGAUAGAAGAGCAGCUCUCACAAUACGAAGAAAAAGGCACCUUCCAGCCACAGAGGACAUCGAUUGUGCACAAGUGGCUUCGGUGCGCAUGCUCAGAGGACUACCCGCUUGCAGUGAGCACAGGAUACUCACACACGCACACAGACAUUGGACUAAUCCUAUCACAACGGAUAAAUAGUGCAGACACAGUACAACAAAGAGCUAAUUAG